GUCAUGUCUUUGAAAGACAAACAAUCACUGCACUGGCAACCGUAGACAUAAUAAAUAUUACGUCUAUGCUGGCAACUAUUUGUCGUGGAACAUCGUCUAAAUCAUCUAUGACGUAACAGAACUUUUGGCAUUUAGAAUCCACAGUUUUGCAUUAAAGAACCUUGUUAGACAUAAGUUGCCUGAUAUAAUUUCCAAUGAGAUAGUCAGCGAAAAAAUGAAUCAGAGUCCAUCUAGACGUCCAAAAGCUUCCUUGUAUGUAGGAAACAUACACCAACAUGUUACCGAGGCAAUGCUCUACAACCACUUCAGUCCCGCCGGGACCAUCCACUCUAUCCGCGUCUGCAGAGACAGGGUCACCAAGCGCUCUCUGGGUUAUGCUUAUGUCAACUUCAAGAGGUCAGUGGAUGCCGUGCACGCCUUAGAGUUCUUGAAUUUUAAACUGACUGAUGGCUCCCCGAUUCGUGUAACUUGGGCCCACCAGCGCUACCCGAUCCCGACAAAGAGCGGUGUGGGUAAAGUCUUUAUUAAGAACCUGGACACAUCAAUAGAUAACGAACAUCAUCUAUACGACACCUUCUCUGCCUUUGGCAACAUUUUGUCGAGCAAGAUUGCAUGUGGUAACAAUGGCUCAAAGGGUUAUGGUUUUGUUCAAUUUGAGACCCCGGAGGCUGCCGAGAAAUCUAUAGAAAGAUUGGACGGUAUGCUGUUUAAUGACAGAAAAGCAUUUGUGGGCCGCUUCAAAUCUCGUAAGGAGCGCCAAGCUGAGCGCUUGUGUUCAUGCGCUAAGUUCACCAAUGUCUACGUCAAGAACUUUGGACAGGAUGUAGAUGAGCAGAAGCUGACAGACCUGUUCAGCAAGUAUGGAAGGAUCACGAGUGUCUGUGUCAUGAAAGAUGAGAAUGGCAAGUCCCGAAGGUUUGGCUUUGUGAACUUUGAGAGGCACAAGGAUGCGCAAAAAGCUGUGGAUGAAAUGAAAGGAAUGCAAAUCAGCGGCAAACUGAUCUAUGUUGGCCGCGCCCAGAAGAGGUUAGAGCGUCAGUCCAAGCUCAAGCGUUGGUUCCAGCAGAACCAGGCUUGCAUGACAUGCCCUUCUAAGCAGCAGCAGCACAUGAGUGCCAAGAUCAAUAUCAAGGUACAGACUAAGCCUCAAGCUCUGAUCCACUCCAAGACCAAAGCCCAGGUCAAGGUCCAGAACCUGACCCAGGAAAAUGCCCAGGUCGAGACCCAGCCUAAGAUCCAUGUCCGGACCCAUCCUCAGGCCCAGGUCUGGACGCAGCAUCAGGUCCAGCCUCAGGUCCAAGUAAAGGUCAAGACCCAGCCUCAGGCCCAAAUCCAGCGGGUCAAGACCCAGCCUCAGGCCCAAAUCCAGCGGGUCCAGACCCAGCCAAAGCUCCAUAUCCUGCCCCAGCGUCAGGUCCAGAUCCUGACUCAGGCAAAUGCCCAGGUCAAAACCAAGCUUCAGGCCCAGAUCCAGACCCAGCCUUGGGUCCAAAUCCUGCUUCAGGCCCAGGUCAACCAGCUCCUGACCCAGCCUCUGGUCCAUCUCCUGACUCAGGCUGAUGCCCAGGUCCAGACCCAGCUCCAGGCCCAGAUCCAGACCCGGACCGAGGUCCUGACCCAUGCCUUCACCCUGGCCUUGGUGUCCAUGCAGCAGCCUGCUGUUUACACAUGGAUAAGCUCUCCUGGUGUGUGUGUUGUGCCUGGAAUUUCUAAACGACAACUGAGCAUGACUGCUCUGGCCCAGUUCAUGGUGGCCAAGGUUAUGUCCCAGCUUAACAUCCAGACACCUGUGAGGAUCACCACCCUGCUACAGCCUAGCCAGGACUUUAAAUCUUCUGCUACUGAGACCAGUCUGACGAGGCCUGUUGAUGGUCUCCAGGGAGUCGUGGGAAGGGAGACCUUCUUGCAGCUGACUGGUGAGCAAAUCAAGGUUGUGAUGGACACUUCCAGCAGGCUUCAGCCUACCACUGACAUCCAGGUGCUGCUGGACAUGAAAGAGAAAGACAAGCAGAUCAUUGAAGACCUCAAGCCUGUUGCAGCCAGAGACCUGAGCCUGAUUCACCUGAGCAGAGAGCUUCGACCAGAAACGCCUAAUUUUUCAAAGAGCCAUGGUGGCUCCAUAGCUGCUCCCAGGCAGAAAGUGAAGAACAAGGGAGGAGGAUGUUUUAGUGGCCUCAUGAGGGCUUUCGGGAGAGCUGUCAGGAGAGCUUUCAGGAAAGGCAGAGUAAAGAAAGAUUGCACUGUGGGUGAGAAGACCAAGGGUGGAAUCUCACAUGCAGAGAACAUCACCUCCAUGAAAGCUGCUGCAUCUGCAGUGAAGAAUGGAGAUGUUGAUCAGUUUCCCACCACCCUGUAAUACACAUUAAUUGUUCAUCAUUAAUUAAAC